AUAUUGGCAAGGGAUCUUGUCAAGAGGGAAAGUGACAUCAAGUUAACAGUGAGUGUAGGCGUAUUAUUGGAGAGCGCAGGGGACAUUCAGCAAAAGGAUCAACCAUGGUGCGGGCUCCUCCACCAAGUCGGGCUAUCAAAAGGGCAAAAAUCCUUGCUCUUGCAAAGGUAACGUUCAUUCGUGUAGAAAUCGUAUGGAAAAUUUGCUAGAUGCUAUUUCAGCAUGUUGAGAUUGAACAUACUUAACACUUGACCACACCGCUUGUCUUUGGAGUGAGUCAGGAAAAAAUUAUAUACAUUCACAUCCAAAUAUUGUAAAUAAUUCAUUAUCCCUCACCACAUUCGUCCGAAUGAAAAAUAUUUUCCUUCUAAUUCGGACAGAAAACGAGAUAAAGCAGAGACAAUAAAAGAACUACAGUAAAUACAAUUUGGGUAGCUUGUUUCAAGUUGAACAAAUACCUGAGGUACAGCCAUUCUACUUCCAUCAUACAUAAUGAAAGUAAAACUUUGAGAUUUCUUUUUUGGAACAUGUUUACUUUGUAUCUUCUAAAGAAUGAUUAGUAAUCUCACAGGAAAUUGAAUUGUAAAGCCUACCAUUUGCAUUAUUCUAAAGUUUCCAAAUUGUCUGUUUGCUUCUCAUGCCCUGCACAAGUACAAUUUUUGUGCUUGAGUUGAGGGAGUCAAGUUUUUAGAAGGUUUUUUGAUAAGGGAGUUCAAAUCUGCUUGCAAAUUUGGAAUAGUUGAGCCAAUUUGCCUUACAAAGUUAGAUUGGAUUUCAGGUAAAAGGCACUCUUUCUUGCAGAUGCCAGAGAUAAUAAUGACUUUGAACCUUAAGCUCAUUUCUUGGGUUGUGUUCUUUGGGGAUCAAUCAUUCCAACCUGAACCAAUCAUCCAAUAGAGGACAUAAGCAACUGUUUUUUGGUUAAAAGACAAUACUUACAGUCAUUAACAGACAUUAACAGAUGACCACAGUUGACUUCUAGAAGCCCAUGAGUUUGAUAGUGGCUGCUACCCAUGCUUUUCCAACUGUUUUAACCUGGCUUUAUUCUGGUUGAAAAUGUUUCCCCACCAAAUUACCAUUUUUUUCACUCUAACUUAAAGACAGUAAUUUCUGAAAAUAGACAUAUCUCAACAGGGCAUGACCUCAGCCUUUCCAUGUUGAACAAUAAAAACCACAAAUUUAUCAAUUGUUUAAUAUUUCUAAAAACGUGAACCAUUCCUGGGGUUAAGAAAAUAACUUAAUUUUUUGUUAUUAUCAGAACAUGCUUGACUCUCUCCUUGUCCUUUUCCUGUUUUGUUUAUUUCAGGGUUUCCGCGGUCGUUCAAAGAACUGCUAUAGUAUUGCAAUUAGAAGAGUACAUAAGGCUUUGCAAUAUCAAUACAUUAGUAGGAGGUUAAAGAAAAGAGAAAUGCGUGCAGUGAGUCAUAAUUUACCUCUUUUUACUUGGUAGUAAAUGAUUUUGACACAAUCUUUUCAAAACACUGUGUUAACUCUUGAGAUCUGAUUGUUAGUUCUCCUCUCUAGCUGCUGCAAUUUUCCCUGUGAAUUAGUUAUAACAAUUCGUUAAUUAGUUACAAGAGUAUUCUCAACACCUGUUUGUUGGAUAAAGUAUGGAUAUUAUAGGGAGAGAUUACAUUUUAAUCUGGGAAUUAAAUGAUUAAUAUUCUCAUUAUUCUCCUUACAGCUUUGGAUAACAAGAAUAAAUAUUGCUACAAGAGAGCAUAAUGUCAACUACUCUAAUUUCAUCAACAAAAUGGCCCAGGUAUGAGAAAUAAUCUCAGUCUAAACCAGUGAGUUUGUAUGGACAGUUUACAUUUGGUGGGGUAUUUUUAUUCAUGUAUACAAUGACGAUGCAUUAAAGAUACUCUUUUGCUGUGGCUUACUAAGUUUAUUUCAUAACCAUGUUUACUUAAGGUAUUUUCCACUUACAUUUCUUUUUUAAGUGGAUGUAAUAUAAACACAGAAUUCAUUUUUGUUAUAGUAAACUGUAUUAGCUGAAAAAGGCAAAAUGUUUUAUUGCCCUCUCUGGGGAAAAAACACCACAGGCAAUAUUACUAUGAUUGUUUAAAAGAGUUUUCUUUUCUUCUUUGUCAGUGCAAUAUCCAGUUAAACAGGAAGAUCCUUGCAGACCUUGCUAUACAUGAACCCAGAUCUUUCAAGGUCUGUGUGUUUAGUAAUUAGGUUGUUAUAUUGCAAAAUGAAAGCAUGUUCUCUCAGAAAUGGGCAGAUAGAGAAAAAUUCUAUAAGCUUAAGAUGUUUUAUGGACCCAAACCAAACAUAUGCUAGCCAUAGUAUGGCAGUUAUGUUUUCUUUACUGAAAUUUGACUCCUUAUAUCAUGAUUAAUGUCUUUUACCAAGAAGUAUCAAGGAAUAUUAAGAGUUCCUUUGAAGUGUAAGUAGAAGAAUUCAUAAACACCAAAAAGGAAGUCAUAAAAUACAAGUUAAUGCUCACUCGUGUUUCACUUUUCUUGUUUUCCUUUCUUGGUUGGGGUGUUGGGUGAAAACUAGUUGUUUUGGUUAUUAUGAUAUUUGCUGUGGACAAUAACUGUGGUUCAUUACAGAACAGACCCUGAAUUAAGGCAAUUUACUGUAUUGAAUAGUGGCUGUUGUUGUUUUUUUUUGUUGGUUUGUUUGUUUGUUUGUUUUUUUUUCAAGCAUGGUGAAAGAUAAUGAUUUUCAAUCAAAUUCAAGCAAAAUGCAAAAAUAAAUUACAUGAUGUUAGUGGAAGUUGACUAUAAUUUUUAAUUAUUUGUUGCUUUGUUUACAGGCCCUGUCAGAACUUGCAAAGAGUCGCCUGAAAGAUGGUUUACUGGCAGCCAUUUAAUAAUUUAUGUAACCUCCACUGAGCUAUUUUGAACAAUUUUUACCUAUGGCAGCUCUGGUUGUAAGAGUGGAGAGGUUUUAAUCACCAGGUAGUAGCUCUGUCAUUCAAUAGAUACUAGGAAAUUUGUUAUAUUUUUUGUUAAAAGCUGCUUGCUUAUUCUUUGUCAUACCACAACAUCUCUUUUCCUUGAAGUGGAGAAGUUUAAUAAAUUUUUUUAAGUUGAGUGCAUGAAAUGUUUUUUGACUGCACUCCAGUUUUAUUUAUUAGCUUACCUAACGAUUUUAGAAGUUGUUUCUGUUAAUUUUGUCACAUUAGGUAAUUUUUCAAGAUAUCUGUUAUCUGAGGUAGCCAAAAAUUGAAAAAGUGUGAUGGCUUGAGGGUAAUGAAACCCUUUUGCUGUGAAUCAGAUAUCAACUGCUGUAUCAAUAUGGUGAGGUCUCUUUGCUCAAGUUUCACCUGCUCACACUCCUGGUAAAUUUGCCUUCUUGCCUGAUCUAACUAUCAGCUUCGGUAUCUUUGCGGCCUUCUAUACCCUUCCAAUGAUACAUUUGCAACCGUUGUUACUGAAGUUUGCUCUGAAAUGGGCAGAACUUGUAGAAAACUUUGAGGAAUAUUUGAGCAUCUCUAGGAUAAAUGAAUAAGUCUGGAUGUGAAAUUAAAAUAAAUGAAAUAGGGGAAGACAGCUUGGAUUAAGGGUAUGUAUUUUGAUAAAAAAUGAUGGGAAGUCUGGUCUGUAUAUUUGAAUUCUUCACUCUUAAUAUAAAGCAAUGUUAUAAUUUUGCACAUGCCAUUGAAGUCUCCUUAAGUCUAACCCAGAAAAAAACAAAGGGAUGUGAUUGAGGAAUAUAAGGGGUUGGGUUUGCUUGCCUCUCCCUGGUCAGAGAAAAGUAGUCAUAGGGAAAUGUUACAUGAACAAAGAUAUAGUCAAAGCACAAGGGGAAAUCAAAAUGAUGUUUUUAAAACAUCAGCAUGGAUGGAGGACAUCACUUGAUUUUCUUGUUCAUUAGCGCAAGUCAGUUGUAUUCAUUUAAAUUGUCAUUCUUUCCCUCAGAAUGGUUGUUGUUUAAGAAUUAAAAUUAUGUUUAAGUG